GUCUAAUAGGAGAAGUAGAGCCAAGAAUUAUUUAAGCCGUUUUUCGCCCCCCCCUGAAUUAGCUUCGUCUGCUCGUGGUUUUUACGUUGUACGCAUCCCCGCCAGCUUCGUUUUUCAUCUACAAGAAGACUGAUCUUCUGAGUCGCAUUCAACCAGUUUCUUUUCGCAAGUUUUUCCUCCUAGAAGCGCUUCAUCCAAUAACUAGCGCAAAUUCGUCUCGAAUAUCAAAUUCAAACAUCAACAUCAUGCGGAAGUUUCGCACGAUAAUGAAUUCCGGCAUUACCCUGGAGGAGUGGGAUGCCGCGCUAAACGGGGAGCAUCAUGAUACCAGCGGGGCCAGUUCGAGCGGCACGGAAUCGGACCUGAACGUGCCCAGCCGGGUGGCCAAGCCAGGGGCCGGCAAUCAAGCGGACGACGAAUCGGAAAUGUUUGACCGGCCGAGUGCCUUCAAACACUCCAGUGACGAACGGAGCCAAACCGAGGUAGAACACAGCACAACUUCUACCCACGGUCAUCUUCAUCUCCACAACUCCACGAAGAGCCGCAUCGUGAAGUGGUGGAGGGCGGAGGCGCGGAUGUUAGCGCAAAAAGGGGUCGGAUGUUGCGACUUCUGCGCCCACUUCCUGCACUUCUGCAUCGUGUUCUUUUUGCUGGUGUUCGUCAGUUGUGUGCUGUUCCGCGUGGACCCCCUGGGCGUGCGCGGGGACUUGUGGGACCAGAUCGACUUGCGACGCGUGAUUCCCAUCUGGUCCACACAUUCAUCCCAAGGAUCCGCCUCGGAUGCCGCCAUCGAGAAGGAGCUGCAGCAGGAGAAGAAGCACUGGGACGUGGAUGAGGAUGGCCUCCCCUUGCGCAAGGAGGUGGAGGAGUUCCGCAAAGGAGCCUGCACGGGGCCGCACUGUCAUCACAAAGCCGAGGAGGGAGCAGGUGUGAUCGAGCACCCGUUUAUCGAACAAGACCAGCAGCACAACGCCAAGGCGGCCGAAGGCGCGGAACAGACCAACAACCCUGAGCCGGUCGCGCUGCUCGAGAAGGUGGAGGAGAAAAAAUCGGGGGAGGAGCGCUACGUUUCAACGAGGCCGACGUUCCGUGACACCGAUGCUGCCACGACCGACAAGGCCGCUGCCCUGCAAAAGAAGGACUUCGCGGCGGGGCCCUACGCGCAACCCAAGCGGAACCGCCGGAAACGCCAGCCGAAAGCGCCCCGCCAAAUCAACCCGGAUCAGGAACACAAGUGAAGAGGAGAAAAACCCCCGGAACUACUACACAGCGAACAGGAGAAAAGUCGUGAACGAGCAACUUCUAUCUUAGAUGAGCAUUUUGUCGUGACGGCAAGAGAAGACGUUCCGAAAAAACCAACCGAGGAAAGUGUAUUGGUAUUCAAAAAACCCGAAAAUCUCAUUGUUGUUGCAUCUAUUCUAUGUAUGAGUAUGCAUCCACUGACGGAGUAAUUAAGUACAAUAUCAGUAUCGACUUUCUUCCUAUUUCCCCGACGUGCUAUCAUCACCUAGCAUUACCCCAUAUCUAUCUUGGAUCGAAGCGAGCACGACCGCGUAAGAAAGCGGAGGUGUAUUCUUACGUUUUAUCUUUUUUUUUGCUUUACAACGAACAACUCCGCAUUUCUGCGGGCCUAUUUAGCAUUUGGCCCAAAAUUUACGAAGACGCACUUACUUAUCAUCAAAGAUAUCAAAGAAGUUUUUGCAUUGUUUUUGUUUGUUUCACAAAUGAAGACCGAGACAAAGAAAAAGUCGUAUCACGUUUUUAUUCUUGCCUCGCAUGG